UCAGUUGAAUGAAGGCGGCGGUCCUCGCAUCCCACGGCUCUGACUGACAGUCGCCAGCUCUUUGCACCCAUGACUUUACGGAUCUGGCUGGUGUACGGGUUUGGAUUUUUACUGACAACGGCGUUCUUCGCUUGGCAAGCCCAGGGACUGCAGUGCUAUGGCUGCAACAUCAUCCAGGAGCGGAGGUACGUGGAUGUGGGCUGCUCCAACCCCGAGGUCAUCACCUGCUCCCACUCCCACAAGGGUUUCAAGCACCGCUUCUGCCUCAAGACGGAGAGCACGACGCUGGGCAUCGUCCUGACCAGCGGCUGCGCCACGUCUCGGCACUGCCAGCAGCAGGAGCUGCCCGGGGUGCGCAUCCACUGCUGUGACACCGACCUGUGCAACAGCGCCACCUGCUGCCGGCCGGGCGCGCUGCACUUCCUGUGCACGCUGGCCAGCCUUCUGCUGCUGCUGCGGCUGUGGGUAUGAGGAGGCCAGGGAGGGGGUGAUAGCAUGGAGCCAGACUCUGCUAGGGUGAGACACACACUGAACAUCAAAGGAAAAUCCCCCCACCCCA